GAUAAACAAAUAGAUUAUAGAUUGCAAUUGUUAAAUGUGUACAUGUAGAUGUCACGUAUGAAACUUCCGUAGUUCUAAGAAAUGAAUGCUAUAGUUUAGCAAUGCUUAAAAUUACGGUAUACGGAACUAUACGAAAAUGUAACAAAGUAAAAUUUGUUGUAAUCCUUUUUUAAAUGCAGGAACAAUUAGAAAUACAUUUACGAAAAAACAGAGUAAAUUAUGGUUUUAUAUAGCGAUGCAACACCGUGCACUACAAAAUAUGAAUUUAAGAAUGUUUUGAAGAAAAGCAUUUUAUGUAAGGUAGAAGAUGAUCUUGACCUUGAUGAAAAAAUAUCUAUUUUAUUUUUAAUAGCAGACAAUUAUGAAUGUGCUUUUAAAGAAAUAUGUGAUUUAUUGCAAAAGCAUAAGACACAAAAUUCAUAUAUACUCUCAGAAUUUAUAGAUAGGCAUCCAAAUAAUUGGGAAAAUAAAUUAUUGGAAGCAAUAUGUGUUAUACAAAAUCGUCAGAUUGUACGUAAACUGGGAGUGCCAUUUGAAAAGAUGGACAUACUUUAUUGCCCAAGAAAUAGAUCAUGCUCACGGUAUUUAAAAAGAGUUGUAAAAUGUUUGUAUUUAUUAUGUGAAGAACUUUCUAAAGAUGAAACAGAAUCAUUAGUGCAAUAUUUUAGAUCUCAUUUCCCUAAAUAUGAGGAAACUCUUAAAGAUAGUGAAUAUCUUGAAUUGCAUAUGUUGUAUUGGUUGGAACAAAAAUAUAUUUCAAUUGAUUUAGAUGGCAAAGUAAAUCUUGAAAACUUACUUAGAUAUCUGAAAAGGUAUGAUGAUCUAGAAAUAAUUUAUAAUGAUCUUAAGAAACAUGAAAAUCAUCAAAAUGUGUUGGACACACAGAAUGCAAAUUCUCCAAAUACAUUUCAGUUACAAACAUUUUCCAAAUGUGAAGGGACACAGAUCCCAUUGAAUGUUGAUGAUAUUAAAAAAAUAAAAAAGGGACUAUGCAUUAUUAUAAGUCAAAUGUUCUUCAUAGGUGAAAAGUUUGAAACUCGAUUUGGAACUGUAGCUGAUUGUAGAAAGUUAUUUGAGACUUUUAGUGGUUUUGGUUUCAAAGUUGAAGUAUUCAAAAAUUUAAAAAAAGAUGAAAUGCUUAAAAAAUUGGAAAACAUACCAAAAGAAUUCGGUACUGAUUAUGAUUGCAUAUUUUUAUGCAUUUUAAGUCAUGGAUGUAAAGGAUGCAUCAUUAGUUCUGAUGUGGAGAAAAUCACCAUUGAACAAAUUGAGUAUAAAAUUUGUUGCACAGAAUUGAAAGAUGUUAAUAAAAUCGUUAUUGUACAAGCUUGUCAGGGACAAGCAAAAGGACAAAUAAAUGAUAAUUUAGCUGUAGAUGGUCCUGAUCAUGACAUUGUUCCAGAUAUUUUAGCAUAUCAAAAUUUUUGUGUAUUCAUGUCAACAUUGCAAGGUUUUGUAUCUGUACGCCACAAAGCAGAAGGAUCAUGGUUUAUACAAGAGUUUUGUAAUGUUUUACAAAAUGGAGGAUCCAAAAUGACGUUUUUGUGUGCUGUCAGAAAAAUAAUACAAUCUGUGAAGCAAAAGAGGGGAAAUUUAAAUGGACAAAGUUCCAUUUCCCAGUUGCCUGAGUUACGUUCUUAUAGACUUCUAACAGAUCUUUUGUUACCGGAAUAUCGAACGCAACGGGUAAACUAGUGAUAUCAGAAAUUUUAACAUCGUCUAUAAAUGUGUUAUACGAGUUUACUGCAAUAAUGACUGUUAUCGGGAUAUGUUCAUUUUAUAAAAUAUUUUAUAACAAAUCUUUACAUGUAACGAUGAUAAAGUAUUAUUAUUGUUCGAGCUAUUUUUGAUGGCAUUAGCGACACACUAUUAGUAAAGUUAAAAACAUCAUUUUUUUUAUAAAUUAUAUA